AUGCAUCCGCACACAUUCAGCACCAACGAUGCGUUUCUUCUUCGUGGCAUCUCUUGGAAAGCCAUGCUUAUUUCCAUCUUCACAUUAUUAGCGAACGUAGUAGUUUUUUCACUUUCCGCAUCGCCAGACUACUACCCCACACUCUUUCCAAAUGAAAUCAGAGCAGAAAGAUACCUUGGCGAGGACAUCAGCCUUGAAACCCCCACACAACGAUGUAUCGAAAACAACUACAGUUCAUAUCGGAGACUGGACCCAUCUCAAGGUGAAAUACGGUUGGUCGAGGUAGCCCCUGGCAGACCAGGAGAAGAAAUAUUCAUCAGGCUCGGUAAAUACGGGGGUCCUUGGACGAAAGGCGAACUUGACUACACAGCCGUGUCGUAUUGCUGGGGUGAUCUCCAGCAGACGCGUGAAAUCACCAUGCUGCAAGUCGACAUCACCCCCGACGGUAAGCCCGCGCCGUUCGCCCGAGCCGACAUCGUACGCUUCAAUGUCACAACCAACCUUUACGAGUUGCUCGAGCGCGUACGACAUAACCCUGAUGAAUGCCAAGAUUCCGGUUUCUGGUCGGAGCGCCUUUGGAUCGACGCGCUGUCCAUCAAUCAGAAUGACAUUCAAGAGCGCAGUGAGCAGGUGGCGCUCAUCGGGGACAGGUACUCCGAGGCCAAAGACGUACAGAUAUUCCUCAACUCGGGACAUGUCCCGACCUACCUCGGCCCAUUCAUCUCUGGCAUAGCCAACGAAGUUCGCCCAAGGAUCCAAGCCGAUACCGACUUUUCCGGCCACGUCCACGAAGUGUGCGAGCUCCUGGGACGCAUUAGCUUGUCUUCCAUCGAGACGGGGAAGACUGUCGAAGAAGAUGAGAUCCUAGAGGCUCUCGCGAACUUGUUCGACAGUCCCUGGUUCCGGCGCGUCUGGGUGCUGCAAGAGGUUCUCAAAGCCCCGAAGGGCGCUGUGCACGCCCGCCUGUCGCACGACACGUCAGCGCGCUGGGAAGACCUCAUGCUUGCCUACAAUUACUACUGGCGGGCUUCUACUUCUCGAAGGAAAGAUAAUGGCCCCCAGCCAUAUUCGCACAUCCCUCGGCUCUGGGGCGAGGCAUUGGCUAUACGGGAAAGAAAACACGGCGCCGAAGGCGGAAUGACCAAGCUCGACAGCGGCGGGUACAUGUCCAUCCUGGAGCUCUUCAGAAGAACAACAACCCAUUUCCACUCCACGGACCCCCGAGACAAGCUGUACGCCAUCCUCAGCCUAUCCGACCUGGCAUCCGCCUCAGAGCCUCCGAUCACCCCGGACUACAGCCUCUCCACCAGCCAAGUGUACGCUCGCUUCACAAAAGCCUGCAUCCGGUACUACGGCAACCUCGACGCGCUCAGCCUCCUCCACGAGACCACCACCUCCCCGCACCUCUCGUGCAACUGCCCGCACUGCAGCAAGAUCCACGGCCGCGGCGCCCUCGUCGACGGCAGCGACACCAUCCACCCUUCAUGGGCCAUAUGGCCGCAGUCGAAAAAGUACUGGAUAUCCAGCAGCCUCCUCGCGCACGACAGCACCUUCCGCGCCGCCGGCGACACCGUCAUCGACGACCAGCUGUUCGAACCACCACAUCACUCCGCCUCCGGCUCCUCCUCCGCCAGUGCCACCGCCACCAACACAUUCCUCCUCCCCCUCCGCGGCGUGCCCCUCGAACCCAUCGACCUCGUCUUCAGCAGCCCCGUCAUCGGCGGCGACCGCAUCAACGGCACGUGGACCGUCUGCGGGCUCGACGCCGCGCGGUCGACGGACGCGAAGAGCGCGCUGAAGCUGAGCGAGCUGUGGACGGCGGUGCGGACGCAAUACCGCGCGCGGGCUGCGCACCACGGGACGGCGUGCGCUGGCGUCGAGUCUUCUUGCCGGUUCGACCGCGCCAGCGCCGACGAGGAUCUGUUCGAGGCGUUUGUCGAGACGAUGUUGUGUCGUCGUGCUGCUGGGCGCGAGCGGGCGGCUGGUUCUCCUGGCUGGGCUGCGGAGGAGGAAGGAGAAGAAGAAGAAGAGUCCGCUGGGGGAUCAGCUGCGUCGCCGGCCAGGAUCUGGCAGCAUCCCGACGUCGCGGACAAGCUGGCUGCGCACUGGGUUCACACGGGCGGGGAUCCGGAGAUGGAGACCUUGCCCGGCGCGGUGCGCGAGGAAUUGGAGUAUCUGCCCGUUCUGCAGCGGCAAUCGAAGCGUGAGGUCGAAGGGUUGGCGGAGGAGUUUGCUAAGAUGGUGGAGCCGGCGAGCGGGCGGACGCUGUUCAUCACCAGACGCGGCGCUCUCGGGCUCUGUCCGAUUGGCACCAGGCCUGGAGAUAGGCCUGUCAUUCUGUUGGGGGGGAAGGUGCCUUUCAUUCUCAGGAAGAUGGAGACAGUAACGAGUGAGGAUGCGAUGGGAGGCAGUGUGGACGAGUGGAAGUUGAUUGGAGAAUGUUACAUUCAUGGAGCAAUGGACGGCUCCCGAUUUGAGGAGACAAUAAAAGAUGGCACGGAGUCGACGGUAUUUUACUUGAAAUAA